GACGGAGAACGAGCCCGUCAAGCCCCAGAUCACGGACUCUGGAAGGAAUCGGCCUUCGAAGCGGAAGGCAGAGGAUUCCCCCCAUCGAGAUGGUCGAGAUCCCAUGUUUGAGCUGACUGCUCUAGCUGAUGAGUUCGAUGAGUGUGUGCCGUGCAAGGACGUCAUCUUGCACGCCCAGGCGAGUUCUUCUUGCAAGGUGGGAGUACGACAGCUCAGCAAGGUUCCUUUGUCACACUCUGAGGAAGGUGUGCAUAGAGUGUUGCAGAAGAACAGUUGCGGUCUUCCAGUGGAAAUGGAUUACAUGGACCUGCCAGGCAAGCAAAAGCCAGUGCCGUAUGUGAAACUUUCGAGUUGGCUGAAGUUUUUGGGGAAAACAGAACGUUUGCACUACCUGACUGGAUGCACGGAUGGUGGAGUACGCAGGCAGACGUGCCAAGAGUUUUGGAGAAGACUUCAAAAACUCAGGCCCCAGUUGCCAAUCUUCAAGUUGGCACAGGACGGACGGCUACGCCUCGAGGAUGUUGUGCCGCUGGCGCACCAUGGUGACGAAGGGCGCUCUUUUAAAAAGGCGCCCUUGAUGGUGCUAUCCACGCACGGGGUCCUAGGUAAGGGUUCUCACCAGGGUCCGAAAAAGGAGCUCCCAGUCCAUAAGGAUCCCCAGAAGCUGCAUUUUUUGGGCAGCACCGUCCUCACACACUAUGUGUUCGCCGUGCUCCCCCACACCUUGUACAAAAAAUCUCCAGAUGUGCUUGACUCCAUGCUCUCCCUGUAUGCCUCAGACAUGGAAAGCCUCGCCUUGAACGGCAUCGACGUCGUUGAGGACGGCCAGGUGAGGCGUCUGUGGUGGUGGUGCCUAGGCGCCAAAGGCGACUUGCCGUACCUUGGCAAAGCCGGCCAUUUCUCCCGGACUUACAGUAUGUGUCCGAAGAAAGCGGUUUCAAAGAAGCCAGCGUGUGGCAUUUGUUUCAUGUGCUCUGCGGGCGACGAGAACUUGGAAGAACGUCUUCCAUGGGAGGAUAUGUCUACAAAUGCAAAAUGGAUCCAAUCUGUGGGCACCGAUCCUGGCUAUGCCCAUGACGGACCAUUACUGCGCAUCCCUCACGACGCGGGGGAGCUCUUCUACAGACUGGACCUUUGGCACAUUUUUCACCUUGGGUGUGGAAAGGCCUGGGCUGUGAACGUCAUUGCGAUUUUGCAUGAUGCUAUGCCUGAAAAGGGCACUUCCGAAACGAGGCUUGGCAUCAUGAGCAACGAUUUUCGAGAGCAUUGCCGUCGGACGAAGCAGUAUGCUUACAUUCAAGGCAUCACGCGAGAUGUGUUGGGCUGGGAGCACGGUCCUGACAUGCCAACAGGGGGCUACCACAAGGGGUUUGUUACCACUCGGCUUCUGGUAUGGCUAGAGGACUACCUGGAAAGAGAGGGCCACAACUUCUCUGAUCCGUUUUUGGCGGAUCUGGAGUCUCAUCUGAAUUUUGUCUUAUGUUUUUCGUAG